AUGAAGCCGAACAUCGAUAAGGAGCUGCUGCCGAUGAAGGCGCAUUACUUUCUGUUUAAUGCCGGCACCGCACCCGUUGUACCCUUUAUGCCGACUCUGGCCCACCAGCUGGGCUAUUCCCCGGUGGUGGUGGGGACAAUGUACAUGAUAUUGCCCAUAAUUGGAAUGCUGGCAAAGCCGCUCUUUGGCUACCUUGCAGAUCGCUACCAUCGCCAUCGAUUGCUAUUCCUCUGUGGACAAGUGAUCACUGGUAUCGCGUUCUUUUUGAUCAUGUUUGUACCCAGCAUAGACAAGCCCCUGCCUGAGGUCCAGUUCCAUUGCCAUGCAGGCGUGUCGAGCAUUAGACACUGUUCCGAGCACGGUGCGUGCGUGGAGAAGAAUAUGGAAUCGUUCUACGGAAAUCGGACACUCACCUGCGACUUGGAGUGCGAUGCCCAGCCCUACAUGUGGGACAUUGUGUGCGAGGACUGGCUAAAGAAUCAAACGGAAAACUGUGCGGCGAAUCGCACCAAUCCGCAGCUGGACUUCGGCACUAGCAUCAACAUGAAGGACGUUGUCGAGGAAGGUGACUGCCUGUUCUUCAUGGUUCCACAAGAUCAUGGCGUAGUUGCAGGCCAAAGCGUACCGCUCUAUUGUCCGGCGGGAAAGCAGUACUUCAACGCCAGCUGCCGCAUGGACUGCCACGACGACUACCUGAAGGAGCAACUCUCUGAAAGUCCAGUGAUUGACACGCGAAGCGCAAUGGCUCAGCCCCAGUUCUGGUUCUUCUUCGGCAUGUUGAUAAUGAGCUGGAUCGGCAUGGCAGUGGUGGUGAGCAUUGGCGAUGCCAUUUGCUUUGGCAUCCUGGGCGAACGCCAUCAUCUGUAUGGGAAGCAGCGGCUGUGCGGCUCGCUUGGAUGGGGAAUCUUUGCGCUACUUGCUGGCGUCCUGGUAGACCACAUGUCGGUCGACAAUGUGAACAAGAACUACACGGCUGUGUUCUGGAUGGCGCUAGUCAUAAUGGGCUUCGACGUCCUUGCCUCCUCAAAGUUGAAGGUCACCCAAACACACUUGUCUUCCAACAUAGUGAAGGAUGUUGGCCAGAUGUUCCUCUCUCUGCGCUGUGUGAUCUUCUUUCUGUGGUGCGUGGCCAUUGGCUUCGGCACGGCGCUGAUCUGGAACUUUCUACUCAUGUAUCUGGAGAUUCUGGACAAGCAGUUCAUGGGAUGCGGCACCUCCAUCAAGACACUGCAAGGCCUUGUCAUGGCCAUCCAAUGCUUUGGCGGCGAGCUGCCAUUCUUCUUCUUGUCGGGCUGGAUACUGAAGCGGAUCGGGCACGUGAAUGCCAUGAGCCUGGUGCUCUUCGGCUUCGGGGUGCGCUUUAUUUUGUACUCUAUGCUGCAGAACCCCUGGUACAUACUGCCCAUAGAGCUGCUAAAUGGCGUCACCUUUGGCUUGUUCUACGCCACCAUGGCCUCCUAUGCCAGCAUUGUUGCGCCACCCGGCACUGAGGCAACCAUGCAGAGUCUGGUUGGUGCUAUAUUCGAGGGCGUUGGCGUCUCCAUGGGAAGCCUGAUUGGUGGCAUACUAUUCAACGCCGAUCCUCGAACCACUUUCGAGAUCUUCGGCAUUGCCGCCUUCAUCAUAUUCGUUGUCCAUGUCUCCGUUCAGAUGUUCCUGCAGCGCAAUGGCAGCACAGAUGAAAACGGCACUGUCAAAUAUCUCGCACCGACAGAUGCAAUGCACAUGCUGAAUGAUCAGGAGUAUAGUAGAGUUAGCUAAGAAGAUCGUACCACCAUCUACACCACCUACAAGAACCGAUAAAGAGGCACACCUCUACUGUUCCGCUGAAUCCUCCACUCCGACAUCUUUCCACCUCUGAUGCUGCAUGUUCAAUGGAUGUUGUUUGAUGAUUGUAAUGUAUUGUAAACGUGCUGUAGUUUAGUAGUUAUACAAAUGUGAAACCAAUCACACACCCCAACCCUCCCGACGAGCAUGCUGUGUACUCACAAAAAAACAAACACUCCCCUCAUUUACCUUACCCUUAGAUUCAGUGUGAAAAUUCUUAAUUAAUUGUAGAAUUACAAGUGCAGCAGGCUGAUGCAUGUGUUACAUUUUUUUGAUCAACUUUUACUAUAAAUUUAAGUAUAAAUAAGCCGCUGCUUUUGGCGCUGUGAAUGUUUAAAUAUUGCUUCUCACACUCUCGAUCUUAAUGUUUAACAUAUGAUUAUAUUAUUUAAUAUUGAUAGCUAAAUGUAUUCGAUUGGCUCAUGGCGCUGGCCUCGCUCUGCGUGCAUGUGGCUUUGUUCUUGCGAAAUCUCCAAAGUAUUUACUUAAUUAUACCUAAAUUACAGUCAAGAAAUAUAAUAAUUUCCAACGUAUCGUAGCAGAUACACGCUGCA